AUGUAUAUGUUUGCGCUGGUGAACCCGCAUGAGACGCUGAGUUUUCUUCCGUACUCAACUGUAGAGGUCGUGUUCAACAACUUUCAGCUGUGGGGGAACCUCCAGAAUCACCACCCCGCUUGCAUCACGUAUGACCUCGAAGACGAGUGGAAGUGGAGGCCGCUGUUGAUGGAGCCCGCAGACCCGGUCGACUCCGACGUCCUCCUAGCGCCUCCCAUUCGCGACAAAAAGUGUCAAGUGCUCGCCGAGGACUUGGCGAGCAGCGUCUUGGAGCACAUUCGUCUGCAUCGGAUGAAGAAAGGUCUCGAGGUUUUCUUUGAGCACCGGGAGGAGCUCCUCUUUCGCCUCACCUUCUACCUCGACCUGCUGGAAUACCGAAUGCACCUGGAUGAUCUUCACAAUCCGGGGCCGGGUCCGAACCACAUGGGGUGGAGCAGCUUCCAAAACGAGUCUGAGAACGCAGAGAUGCUGCAGGAGAGCGACUGCCAGUUCUACCAAACGAUCAGCCGGCAGACGACGCUCACCUCGGAGGAAAAAGCGAUGCCGGAGACGCAAGAGGCGAUGCACAUGCACAGGGAGUAUGGCGGCGACGCCUACUGCAUGUUCGCGGACGUGCCGCCGCCUGGCGGAUUUUUCGACCCCUUCGAGACCCCGCAGGACUCCCCGCACCCUGGAGCGCUGCAGGAGGCACAGACGGCGAACGGCUGGACGAUGCAGCUCGUGCCGCACCAGAAUCCGCCGCAGCCCGAACUCGCGAUGAACCCUCUGGAAGGCUUUGAGCAGGAAAUUCGCUACCAAGACAAAAUGGCGAAGCUGGAGCGGAAGGCCGAAGACAAACUCGUGGACAGCUACGCGCAGCAGAAAGCCGGCAUUGGGUCGUGGCUGCCGGGGAAGAACAACCGAAUGGAUCCAUACUCGCCCGCGGGGCUCAAGUUCUCGGCUGCGCAGGCUCACAUGGCAUUGCCGCCUUCGUCGCCGCGUUCGGCGUCUCUGCCCACGGCGUACGCGACGGCCGCGCAGCCUCCGCGCGCGUCUGCGGGCACGUCGGUCUCUUGUGCGUCUUCCAUCUCGUCUGGCGCUGGCGCGGCGCCUCCGCGUAAAACGGUGACCUUCGCGGAAGGGGUUCCUCCGGAGACCUCGAAGCGUCCUCCCGUGAGGCGGCAGGCGCUGCUGCUGCGCCGGCUGUCGGCUCGCCUGCAGGCGGCGAUCGUGGAGGGCGAGGCGCUCAUGCGGAGCGAAGAGGCUGCACUCCGCGCGGCGCUGAGCGCGGAGAAGCGCCCUGAGGGGGAGCCUGCUCGGAAGCCCGAGCGGGAGCGCACGACGCUGCGGCGGCCGCUGGAGACCUCGGCGAGUGCGGCGCCGGCAGCGCCGUGCCAAGAAGGAGGCGAGAACGAAGCGCAGAGGAUGUUUGCUAGACUGCGGACGCUUCGACCGGCGACAGAAAAGCGGGAGUCUUCUGCGUCUCCUCCGCAGGGGCUGCAGGCCGCGUCUGCGGCCUCGCGGCCGCCUGCUUCGCAAGCGCCCUCGUCCGCGUCUCCUGCUGCUCAGCGAGGGGCUGCUGCGGGCGGCCGAGAGCUUCUCUCUGACGCACCAAGCUCCUCAGCGCCGCCGCGUGAUGCGCCCGCGCGGGCGUCUGCGGCUUGCGGGAGUACCGCCGCCCCUGAGAGAGAGACACCGUUCUCUGUGAACGCCAGCGCCGUCACGUUCCUGGCGCUCCUUCGGCGCAUGUCCACUGCCAUGCGGCAACUUGAGAGCGACCUGCUGAGGCGCGCGUGCGACGGCGACGCCGCUCGCGGGGAGAGCGCGGGCGACGAUGGAGAGGGCGGGCGAGUGGAGGAGAGGCGCAGACGAGGGAGUCCAUCUGCCGAGGAGAAACCCGGCAGGAGGCUGAGCGGCGGCGCGCGCGGGCGCAGGGAAGCGGCGAGAGGCGCGGAGACGCGGAAAGGCAGCGAGACGACGUCGCGUGGAAAACGAGAAAUGCGGCUGAAUGACAGCAGACCAAGCCACGAGAGCGCCCACGACGCGUGCCUGUCGCGCGAGAAGCGUGAGCAAGAGGCAUGUGAGAAGAAAACAGGCGUGGAGCAGCGCCUGCGGUAUAAAGAAGAAAUGCGGAGAAAGGUCCACGCGCGGCUCGAGGCUUUGGCCGUCGAGCGUUCGCAGCGCGAAGCGGAGGAGGCGAAGCGGGAGGCUCAUUCGCUUCUCCAGGAAGCGGAGGAAGAGGGCCGAAAGCGGGCGCUGGGCGAGCCGCGCGACGACGGAAGACCUUUCCUGCAACAGGCCCUCGUCUCGGCAGAGCUCUGGCCGGCGCCGCAGAGCUCUGCCCCGGAGGCAGACCUCGAGGGUCGCGUAGCGAGCGCGGAGACUGGCGAAGAGCGUCACGCGACAGACGGCGAGAAACGCGGCGAGGGGGAGCUAGAAGGAGAGGUAGAAGACGCGAAGGACUCAGAGAAAAACGGCAACGGCGAAGAAGGCGAAAGUGACUCGUACUCGUCGCAGUCGCAAGUCUCUGAGGCCUAUGUCUCCCUCUGGUCUGGCAGCGACAGCGGCAGUGACGGCUGGGCGAGCCCGGUUCCCGAGCCUGAGGCGCCGGAGGAAGAAGACGAGGAGAUGCUGGCGGGCGACCCGUUCUUUUUUUCCAGUCGCUCGCGAGAGGGACGCGCAGCGAACCAAGGUGCGCCACGAGGAAGCGAAGGCGCGGGCGACGCGGGCAGUCGCCUUAGGCAGCGAAGACAGCCGCAUGCGCGAGAUGAAGGCGCCGCCCGGCCGCACGCAGGAGGCGAAGAAAGCACCGGCUCGCCAACUCACGCGUCCUCUUCCUCCGCCACCUUCAGGUGCGUUACCGGCCGCGCGUGGCUCUCGAACCUCCUCCGCAAGCCGAAAAACCAAAAGGAGGAAGGAAGCAGAGGCACGCAGGAAUCGCGUGCGGCGGCCGUUCCGGCGCUCAGCGAGCAACCUGGCGCUCGAUCGCCUCCUGGCGCGACGUCCCACAGAUCGGAAAGGGGGGAAAGGGUUGCGCAGGAUGGAGACGAACGCCGACAGGAAGCAGGAGAAAAGGCGCCACAGAGGGCGAGGCCAGACGUCGCAGGGCGCGGAGAUUUUUCGGCGAUCUCUGUUCCUUGCGAGAGCGCCGGCGGCCGCGCGUCCUCUCCGCCCUCCUCGAGUGUCUCCCCCGCGUCCUCGGACUUGAGCAGCGACACAGACACACUCGGCGGCUCGCUGCCGCCCAGCGACGUGGAGCUCAACCAGUUUGAGGCGCCGCGCGGCCAGCACUACGUCUGGGAUGAGUCUGACGAGAGCGACUCCGAGCGCGAAGACGCGCCCACCGAGGAGCGAGCAGCGCCUGACGGCGACUCUAAGCAGGACGCACGCGAACUGAGGCGACGCGGCGCGAGGUCGGAGCCCUGGCAGAUAUUCGUCCCGCCCGCGGCAUGUGCAGAUACGCCGCGGGAGCAGCUGCGGCAGGCGCGUGAACGCAGAAAGCAAAGGAGAGCGGAGAAGAGGAGGGAGAAUCUGAGAGCCGAGGAGGCGAAGCGCGCGCAAGAGCUAGAGGCGCUACUGCUCGCGGAGCGCCAAGAGACGGCGGAGGACGCGCAGGCGCAGCCUAAGGGAGGGGCGGAGACUGAGCCUUGCGAAAGCGCGAAGGAGCCGGCGAAGGGCGCCGAAGGCGAGAACGGAAGUGGGAAGCGUCACUCCCCCUCUACUGUGCUUGCGGACAUCCAGAAAAUGAUCGCGAGCUCCUCGCAGCGCCGCACGUCUCGAGCGCCUUCGUCUGCUGCUGCUGCUCCGUCGCCGGGGGUCACCGCGCAGCCUGCGACUGCGGCGUUUCUCGCGGAGGACAGAGCUGCAUAUUCGAGGUCUUCAAGUUCUGGGGCGAAGGCCAGCGAAGACACCGGAUUGGGAAACGACGCGCACGCUUCAGGAUCCUCGCAGGCGCGCCUGCCUCUGGCAGCGCCGGCCUCAGCUUCGGCUCGCAUGCGGGAGAUCUACAGGCAGUGCAGACAGAAGGCGAGUCGAUCCCAGUGUUUUUCAUCGUCGUCAGCGUCGCUGCUAUCCAUGCCCUCGCUGCCGUCGCUCUCAGCGUCCUCGCUCGCGGUGAAGAAGAUGACUGGCGUAUUUCUGCAGGCGCAGAAGAGGAAGGCGCGGCGGUCAGGUCAGGAGGCGUGCGUUACGAACUCAGAUGCGGACGACAGCUGGGGGGUGGCAGAGGUGUCUGAGGGGGUCGAGGAAGAAGCCGGACGACGCGCAGGCAACAAGGGCCUCGAGUUCUACGAAGCCGCUGAGCACUCCAUGAUGUACGACCUCGAUUACGAUGACAUGCCCAAACAAAACUUCGGCGGCGCCACCGCCUGGGGUUACAAUCAGACCGCCGCCCCGCCACCGCCCACGACAGCGGAGAUGAACAUGAAGGCGCCGGAAGGCAUGCGCUGGGACCCGUUCUCGCAGACGUACCAAUACACCUACCGCAAUCCUUACGUGGACGAAGCCUACGGAGAUCCGUACGCGGGAGCUGUCCAGCAGCAGGGCGAAGUCGCGCAAGUUGAGCUCAACGCGGGUCGUCUGGCGGACUACCGUAUCGGAAAAGGAGCUUAUCGCGUCAAUCAGCAGACGGGCGCCCAUGACCUCAUUGACGGGCCGCAGAAAGACUUGUAUGGCAAGUAUGGCGCGAUGGAUCACAUCGAUCAGAAGAAAGACAAGCGGCCGAAGGGACCGCGACCGACGGAGUGGGAUCUCCAGUACGCGAAAAACCUCUACGAGCAGGGCGUUCCUGCAGGCUACACGCCUGCGCCGAACGAGGAAGAUCAGGAGGCGUUGGUGCGCGACUUGCUGCGGGCGCCGACGCAGGGUGCGGAGGAGUACGCGGCGUAUGACGGGGGGGUGGACAUCGCGGCGCUUGGUCUCGCUACGGAGAGGCCUGCAGACAAGAAAGUCCGAGUGGCGAAGCCGCAGGCCGCAGACGCGGAAGACGAGGAGGAAAGACUCGAGCAGCCCGCCUCCCCGCCGGCCGCCGAACCCCGCGCCGGCGCGGGGGCCUACGCGAAGAAAACGGAGGAGGAGCCGGUCGUGCCGCCUAUUGAGUGGCAUCGCCCGUCGCCUACCGGGCACUACGCGGCGGAUCAAGUCGCUAAGUGGAAAUGGUAUUAUCGCAUGGAGGAAAUUUAUUACAUCUGGCAGCAAAUGGACUUCCCCGUGCGCAACAACCACGUCUUCUGUGGCUUCCCCGUCCAUUUCUCUUCCUCGGACGUGAACGACAUUCGCAGCUACCUCGGCGGCGCGCGGCGCUUUCGCAAGCUGCUGGAUAUCCCUGUCGACAGCAUCGUCUACGCCAUCACUGCCAAGUGCUUUCCGCUCAUGGGCGGAGUCAUCAGUACUUGGCUGUUCUUCGGCGCGGAAGUCCCGCUUAUCGUAAGCGAUUCCCGCAAGACAAGCUAUUUCUUUCUUCGCGAAGGGGUGUUCCCCUCUCUCCGUGUGCGCCCUUUUUUUAUCAUUUUGUGCUUGAAUCUGAGACGGCGGCGAUGCCCAGUCGCGUUCUGCCUUCAAGAAGAUCACAGCACGCAAGAGAGAGAACGACGCAUGAAGCGAACGAAGAAACCCAAACACGUCAAACGUCCGGAGGACUAA